AUGAAAGCUGGUCAGAAUCUCAAGGUGAACCGUACUCAGAAUCUUAAGGUGAAGAGUGCUAGAAAGAAAAAUGUACGAGGAAUAAGCAUUUGUAAGGCUGUUGCCAGACUUAAGCGUGGUGAGAAGCUGCCUAUCGCCUUCUACAACAAUCGUGGUGUUGGGCCAAAUAGAGCAACUUGGUCAAGCUUUAUUGGAUUAGUUGUUCGGAAUCCCCAGAUUUGUUCAUUCAGAUCAAGAAAAUGGAAGUCGAAGAGUCGGGCAGAACUUGAGCAUAUGUGGGCUGCAGUUACGGAGUAUUUCCAUAAUCCCAAUAUGAUAGACUAUAAGUAUCAUACUUUAAUUCAUAUGAGGGAUCGUUGGAACAAAUGGAGGUCUGUUUUGUAUCGUGAAUAUGCAAAGCCAUGUGGAUCUGAAGAAGAUGCUGUGGAAAAUAAGCCCGAUGCAGUAGGUAACCAAGAAGAUUGGGAAUGGUGUGUGAAACAUGUUUUCUACAGUCCUGAGUUUCAGAAAUUGAGCAAGAACAAUGCGUUGAAUAGAAUGAAAAAACUAUGA